AUGGAUAAUAACGGAGAGAAGAGUAAAGUGACCAAAUUAAGGAAUCCUUUUGAGACUUUGUUGAGAAUGCGAAGCGAAGCUCCGGAGUUCAAAAGAUGCUGUUUUUGUAUACCUUUGAGGCGAGGCUUGAUCACUUGGGGAUAUUUAAAACUGGUUCUCGACUCGCUGUCGCUAUCUCUAAUGAUAUACUUAUUAGAAGGCAUAGCAGCAAGCAUAAGUAUUGUGCACGUGAUACUUAUCAUGGAAACUGUCGUUUUAGUUAUUGACAUGGUAUUUAAUAUAUUAUUGAUCGUGGGUGGCCAUCUGAAAGCAGUAAAAUUGCUCAAAGCAGCUUACAUAUUCAGCAUGGUCUGGCUCGGGUUGCUAGUUCCGGGCUUCUGUUGGCAAACAUACAUCGAGAUCAGGCGAGCUUUGUUCUUAAUAUCUUAUGGUAUGGAGUACGCAGAUGUUGUAGUCGUUGCACUACCCGGAUUGAGCAUUAGUUUCGUCCAAAUAUGUCUACAAAUGUACCUGAUACUCCUGAUACGCAGCGAGGUAGACAAGCUGCAGGAGCAAACUCUGGAGAUGCAGUUUUCUAACCCUGCCUCUGCUGAAGCUCAAUGCACAAUGCACAUUGCUGACACUAAAUAAACUAGAUCUUCAACCCUUCCACUGCUGAGCUGAGUUUCGAUGAAUAUGUUGUUUUGCACAUUACGUGGCACAUAUUGGAUGCAUCAAACUGUUUAAAUAAGUUAGUGGGUGAAAAAUGGAUACAUUUAAUCAUAAUCUAAAUAUUUUGUAUGCAGUGGCUAUAAUAAACGACCAUAUGAAACGAGAGUUGUUGUAACGUGUAUCCAUUGACCAAUUUAAUAAUAUGAUUAACUCCCCUAUAAUGAACGUGGCAUCAAUAUACAAAUCCAUCAGUAUUUAACGCUUGCAACAUUUUAUCACAAAAAAAAACAACGGGUUGCACUCCGGAAGUGCCGGCAGAAAUGAAAACUCGAUCAGGUCACGUGUUCGCCUUACGUCUUACUGAUCUUAAUAAGGCCACGUGACCUGUCGCGAGUUUAACAUUUUUUCCCCAUCACAAAAGUGCACAGCGCCGCUGAAGAAGUUUUCACUUCAAAAAUAUCGCUUUAUCGUGCGGGCUCGAAGAGCCUGUGAAUAAUUGUAAUGGUAACUUGACAACUAACUAUUUUAGAACGCAAUCAUGAAAGCAUAAUAGACGUGUAAGGGACUUAAUAAUUUAUUAAGUAUAAACUGUAAACAGAUUACUAAUUCUAAUUAAGCCUAGGACAUCUGUAACAGGUCAUACGUCAGUAUAAUCUGCAGUGUUAUCACAGUUGAAAGGUCA